AUGAGAUUAAAUGCACCUGAGCUUAACAGGUGGCUAACUAGCUAUAUAAUUCCAACGAAAAGUACAUUUCUAAAAUUGUCAAUGCUACCAGCCUUCAAAAUGGGUGAGCACGAAUUAACAAACAGGAAUUCAACCAUUAUACUUUAUAUGUUGCUUGACAAAUUGGGAUUCUUUGAAAUGCUCUUCAAAAACACUCGACAAGUAGCAAUGCAGCUUACACAGAUUUUAAAACAAAGUUUCAUUUUAAAUAGCAAUUGUUUUUGUCCAGAUACUAGUACGACAUUUCUAGUAAUGGAAGUGACUUUUCAUUAUGCACCUUAUGUUAUCCAUUUCAAGAGGAGACUUUUGUUUAUGGUAGACAAAUGGUACAUAAUUUCCAUAAUAUUGAAGGACCAGAUAAGGAAAGAAGUGUCCAUCCUGUCUUUAAUACAGGGAAUAUCUGUACUUAGGAGCUCCUUUUGUUUGUUCGGUUCCACUUCAAAAGUGGGAAGCAGCAAAAACGUGUCCUCUGUAGGUAGGUUUCUCGACUGCCUUCUGAAAAAAAUUACUUGCCCGAGUAGCUAUCUUUGGACAGUUGCGUCCGACGGGGAGAGUGGUGAACGAAUCCUACUGAACUGCUAUUUCUAUCGUGUGAUGAGGUAUUCCCUGGAUCAUCAUCGAAGCUUUGAACUUUCAAAGUACAAAAAUGAAAAUAUCAGUGAUUCACUACUGACGGGAACGCAGGAAAAAAGUUACAAUAUUUUAGUGAAUCAACAAUCAUCAUCACCAAUCGGGCAUGCAAGGGGAAGGAAGAAAGGUGAAAAACAAGCAACCAUUCGAGUGACUUUGGCAUUUUUAAGGAGUUCACUGAAGGAGACUCUUUUUCAGGUUUUAAAAAAUGAAGGACGAUUUAUGCGCAGGUUUCCUUUGAUAAAUAGCCGUCUUUAUUCAGCCAGAGGUCUUCAAAUGACGAUAUCUUUUAGUGAUACCGGCUAUGAGUCAGAAUUGAGAUAUGGUAGAAAGCCAAAAAACAAAUUUGGUGUCCUGAUAAGUAGCGGAGGAAAAGAAAACGACGAUUACGGUGAAACUACAUUUUAUACUAAGAUACACUAUUUUCAUUACCAUCACAUCGCGUUAGAACAAUUGCAUUCCCAUUAUUUGUCUCAUUUACGAGAUGAAUUUAAGUCUAAUCGAGAUCCUUAA